AAAGAUGGCGGCCUCCACAAGUUUUUCUACACUUCUGGAAAGAAUUAAAAGUGUCAAUUGCAAAAGUGUACUGCUUCUGUGGGUUUUAGUUUUGAUAGUGCCUUGCGACAAAAUUCAGGCUGACAUUCCCUCACCAAUAUGUGGCUCCAAUUUAUACGACACUGAGACACUGAAGUCGGCAUCUUACUGGACAAUAACAAAGCCUGGUAUUUGUUAUGACAGCUGGAGUGAAACGAUACCAUGUACAAUCAAUUUGGCGUUUUGUCAGAGUCUGCCCCCUUCAUUAACCAGGGGUAUUGAAGGGUGUGGCGCGUCCCAAAAGGAAGAUCUACAUUUAGCUACUUAUAAAAUACUUGGACAGGAAAACCAAUUCACUGAUGAUGCCUCAGGAACUCAGCUGAUUGCCACCUACCCUAACGGAGAUGACUUGAGCUGCGGUACCAUCGGUCUUGUCAUGUAUCUUAAAUGCAAUAAGAGCGCCGUUUGGGCAAAGCCAAUCAACGGACAACCAAAUGCCAUACCAACUGAAGUCACAGUAGAACUUGAUAGCAAACCAGGUGGAUGUCUAUACUCAAUCCACGCAGACUACGCAGGAGCUUGUAAGGCUGAGAUACCGACGUAUUUGAGUUUCGGGACUGUAUUAAUUAUCCUGUUUUUCUGUUUGUUGGCUGCGUACCUUCUUGUGGGUUUCAUUUAUAACAUGUGUGCUGGAGCUACUGGGCGAGAGUUGAUCCCAAACUAUGAAAUGUGGCAAAGACUACCAAACGACAUCUUGCUUGGUGUUUCUUUCUUCGUUGGUUGCAUCACGUGUCGAGAUGUGAAAUCUAGCGAUACGUAUGAAAGCAUCUAGAAGGGAAGGAGGUAACUCUUUGAGUUCAGUGCAGAAGGAUGAUUAAAAGAUCAUUAUUUUUUUUUUUUUAAGAUUGAGUUUAUGAUUGCAUUUGGUUUUCUUACCCUUUCAACAAUGAAUGAUAAACACUAUAUUAUUGUCGCGUCUCUGAAAAAAACAUUGUAUCUGGAUUUGGAAAAAAAAAAAUUUUGCACAGCAUGAAAAUGCUUCAUGCAAAAAUGUUAUAUCUCGACACAAACACUUGUUUUGUGUAAAUAAGGUUGUUUUAAGAGAGAUAUGGCAUUUUUUUCCCCAUUUUCAUCAACAUUUGAUAAACCUGUGCAAACAAUUUUGUGUCUCGAUUUUUGCAAAAAUUUUGUUCAGCAUGAAAAAGCUUCGUUCAAAAGUGUUGUAUCUCGGCACAUACUUAUUUUGUGUGUACAUCUGGGUUAUGAUAAGCGAGAUAUGACGUUUUGGCAAUUUCAAAUUCGCAUGUAACUUCACUGCUAUUUUAGUAGAUACAAUGCUUUUGCCCUGGCACAAUGACUUUUCACUUGGUGCUUUCGAGUUGUGUAGGACUAAGAAAAAAACAAUCCACAGGCUGUCUAGGUUUGGAUUCGAACCUACAACCUCUGUAUUCCAGGACGCAUGUCUCAACCACUAGACCACCGACUGCCUGUUAUGAGGAGUUCAAUUCAGCUCAGCUUGUAUAAUUUAAAAUUUUCAUUCUAACUUCGAUUAUGAAGACUCGGACAAGUUGAGGUUGAAGACAUUUUAUUACACAUUUUUGAUAAAAAGGUAUUUCGACAUACUGCCUCAACAAUUAUUAUACAAUUUAGUUUAUGAAAGAUAAGUUUUAAUUUUUACAGUGGUUUUAUUCAGGUAAUAAUGCAAUUUAAAUGCAGUGUGGAACCAUAUGGUAAAUUUAUAUUUUGCCGUUGAUAGUAUAAACCAUUGUGAGAAAUGACUGCCUUUGAAGUGACAUAGUUUUUAA